AUGGCGGUCUCACCCCGCGUCUACCAGUUUCUGGUCUCUAUCUUUGCGUCUCUCGGCUCGUUGCUCUAUGGCUACGACUUGGGAGUCGUUGCCGAGGUCGUUGCAGCUCCAUCUUUCCUUGCGGCUUUUGGCGACAAUACAACAAAGACUGGACUAGUAGUGUCUCUGUUCACAAUUGGCGCUUUCUUCGGCGCGUUCUGGGCAGGACCUUGUGGAGAUUAUCUAGGACGUAAAUGGACCAUCUUUAUUGGCGGCGCCAUCUUCAUUCUUGGAGGUGCAGUACAAACCGGAGCGCAAGACUAUAGCUAUAUGUUCGGUGGAAGAUUUGUGGCAGGCNNCUUGGUCGGAGCACUGAUCAUGAUCAUUCCGCUGUACCAAGCCGAACUAGCGCAUCCCAGCAUCAGAGGACGGAUCACAGCACUUCAGCAAUUCAUGUUGGGAGUAGGAAAUCUCAUCGCAGCCUGGGUGUCUUACGGAACAUACAUCUCCUUCGAUGACGACAAUAGCGCGCAAUGGAGGAUCGGACUUGGUCUUCAACUACUGCCUGCACUGUUCUUGACUUCGCUCAUUCUCCUCUUCCCCGAAUCACCCCGCUGGCUCAUUCACCACGGUCGUAGCGAGGAAGGAUUAAGAGUACUUGCCAAGUUACACGCAUCCGGUAACGACCAAGACGCCUUUGUACAGGAAGAAUACGACGCCAUCGCCGCCGCUGUGGAGUACGAGAAAGAGCAUGCUGCAAAGUCGUACGCCGAGCUGUUCAAGACGCGAUCAAGUUUCCGCCGCCUGGUCACUGCCCUAUCACUACAAGCCUCUGUUCAGAUGAGUGGAAUUUCAGCCAUCCAAUACUACUCUCCGGAUAUCUACGGACAAAUCGGCAUCAACGGCAGCGACACAUUCAUGUUUCAAGGAUUCAAUGCUAUAGUCGCUCUGGCAGCUCAAUUCUGCUGCAUGCUCUUCAUCGACCGCGUUGGUCGCCGCUGGACUCUGAUUGGAGGCAACCUGCUGAACAUGGUCACCUUCAUCAUCGCCACGGCCCUACUCGCAUCUUAUCCUCCUGGUGCAUCGACCAACAAGUCUGCUCAAGAAGCCUUCAUCGCAAUGACCUGGCUAUUCAACUUCUCAUACUCCGUCGCUUGCGGCCCUCUCUCCUGGAUUAUCCCAGCCGAGAUCUUCGACACCCACACCAGAAGUAAAGGUGUGUCCCUUGCAACAGCGUGCUCAUUCGCCUUCAACACCAUGAUCGGUCAAGUCUCGCCCAUCGCCCUGGAAAGGAUAGGAUGGAGAUAUUACAUUCUUUUCGUCGUGUGUUCGGGUACAAACGCACUUUGGUUUUGGGCCACGCUCCCAGAGACUGCAAAGAGACCCUUGGAAGACAUGGGUCCUUUGUUCCAAAAGAUGCCUUGGUUUGUGCCUGGCAAGUCGAGAAUCUCCUUGCAGCAGCUUUGGGGUGAUGAGUGGAAGGGAAGUGCAGGAGAGAUGGGUAAGGUUGGAGAGCAGGAGAUGAAGAUCGAAAAGGCAGAGGAAUGA